GUUGACCAAUAAAAAUAAUCUAUUCCUUUAAGGGAGGACAGAGGCGGGUCCUAACGCUUGACAAGCACUUCUGUCGACUAAUCAGAGCCCCACUCCUUUCGGGGCCGAGACCCGGAAGCUAGGCUCUGCGGGUUCGAGCCCCGUCUGCGGCGCGAUGGCACCCAAAGCGUUCAAAAUCCGUAGCCUCGGCAGCGAUCGGAAAUUCGGAGUGGCGGCAAGAAGCCUGAAGGAGUUGCUCUCCAAGGCCUGCGCCUUCCUGCAGGUGCAGUUGAGGUGGUUGGGUAUACAGCGGGCUUUAGGACCGCCGCGGAAAUCAAGUGCAAGCAGCGGCCCCUGCUGGAGCCGCUGAGGAACUGCAGGUGCUCAAGUUGCUUGUUAAUAGAAUCACAGAACUGGAGUUGGAAGGGAAUCCCAGGGGCAUAUAGAACUCCCUUCUUUAAUCCAGGAAAGCGGGGUAGUGUUCCCCAAACUUGAGUCUCCACGGUUUUUGGACUACAACUCCCAUCAUCCCUAGCUAGCAGGACCUGUGGUCAGGGAUGAUGGGAAUUGUAGUCCAAAAAAAGCCAGGGGCCAAGUUUGGGAAACACUGGUUUAGAGCAAGCAAACUGAUUUAGGGUGGCAUCUGAACAAAACCCCAGUGCUCUGGCUAGGAUGAGGCCACCUCCUUGCGGAAGCUAAGCCGGUUGGGGAGUGAGGACUGGAUGGGAGUCCACAUACACACCACCUUGGGUUCUAUGGCGGAAGAAAGGUGGGACAUAAAUGUAAGAAAAGAAUAAAAGUUGGCCUGGGGAGAGGGCUGGCGGGGGAAUCUUCCUGUGUCUUGUGACGGCUGCCCUGACUCCAUGUGCCUUGUGUCACCUUCCCAACAGCUCCCUUACACUGACUGCCGGCUGUGCUUAUAUGAGGAUGGCACAGAGGUGACGGAAGGGUAUUUUCAGCAUAUUCCAGAUCAUUCAGAACUCAUCUUGCUACCCCCAGGAGAGAGCUGGCAUGGCUGUGAGUAGGACAGGGAGUUUUGUUCUAUUCCUCUGCCUGAAAACAUCCACCGUCCUCAUGCAUUUUGAGUGUAUGCACAUAACCCAGCCAACAAAUAUCACAUAGCGUUGUAUGAAAUUAAUAAAUUAUGAAAUAAUAUUGUUAACUGGGAAAUUUCCGUUGUUGGUGAGCAUGCAUAUUUUAAGGGUCACAUCAAACAUGCUGACUUUUGUACAAAGCAGAAAUUUUCUCUUUCUUCCCUUCCUUUCAUGAAUUACUGUAAUUGGUCGCACCACAAAUAUAACCAUGUUGACUCAGAUAAAUCCAGGUUUGAUGCAUUCAGAUUAGUCAGAUAUUGCAAAUGCUUUGAAUGCUUGAGAGCUUUUUGAAAAUGUUAAGCGUUUCAUUAUUGCUGUUAAUACUGAUUAAAAUUUAAUACUAAUUACUGAUUAUUUUCACUACCAUUAAUAAUAAUGUAAAAUAUUAUCUUGAUUAAAGCAGGAACAAGCAACCCCAAAUAAUUUUGCACACACCCUCCCCCCACUCUAACAACCUUGCAGAUGUGAGCGAGAUCCAGCGGUUUCUUGAUGCCUUUUCUAGCCGAACGGAUGAUGUUAUUCGCGCAGCUCAGGGGCUGCUCUCUGACGAGGAAGCCCCCAAGAGACGGAAGCUGCUGGCUGACCUCAUUCAGACUCUCAGUGAAAAUAUUUCAGGGGAAAGCAGAGAGGAAGAUGGGAGAUGGUUCGAAGGUGAGCUCUGCCUCGGUGCCGACACGCCCCUUAAGGAGGGUUGUAUUUUUCUUCUUAUUCUUUGCUAAACAUUACACUUUUCAUAUAAUCACAGAGUUGGGAGGCACCCCCAAGGGUCAUCUAGCUCAACCCCCUGCCAUGCAAGAAUCACAGCUAAAGAAUCCCUGACAGAUGGCCACCCAACCUCUCUUUAAAAACCUCCAAGGAAGGAGAGUCUACUACCUUGCAAGGGAGUCGAUGUUUCAUUUUGGGUGCGUCCAAAGCCCCUUGGAAGAGGAAGCCCAACACAAAGCAUUGAUUCCUGCACACCUCUCAAUCUCAGCUCAUGCAGAGAUAGUGACAUGAUCUUGAGCCAAAGGCCUGAAAUACUCAGGCCUGAAAUACAUAAUCUGGGACUCUAACCACUACACCACACUGCCUGUACAGGGUAAGAUCAAAUAGGGGUUCUUCGCCCCACACCUUGGGUAUUAAAAAGGCUUCAGAACUGCUUUCAGAAGAAGGGCCUGUUUUAUAGAUGCGGGUAGAAGGUUAAUGGGGUUUCCCCCCUCUCUCCUAGGGGUUGACUCUCGCUUUAAGACAAAGUCCAGUUACAUGCGCUACAGCUGUGAGAGCAGGAUCCGAGGUUACAUGAAAGAGGUAAUGCAUGUUUGAUGCAGCCCAUAGUUCACCUUUUAGAUGCAUCAGUUAUCGCAGGGAGGGCCAUAUGGAAGCAGCUAGUAAAAGUUUUAAAGGUCAUAUUUAAACAGUAUUAUAAUGAUUAUAAAUGGGAAGUAGCUGGGGAGUUACACAGUAGGGGACCCUCCUGGACACAGGACUGUCCGAUUACACACACAAAUAUUUAAAAUCACAAGUCUGAGGGGGUCUUAUAUGGCACAAAAAAUCAUUUUUUGAAGAUUUUGGGGGCAGAGGGGCUAGCUACCCAUCUUACAUUUUCAUCUACAUUUUUCUUUUAGUUAGUGGAUUCCACUCAAGCUUAGUUGUACUCAGAGCAGCCUCAGUGUAGUGAAUGAACAUGACUAAACUGGACCCAUUCAUUUCAAUGGGUCACCUCAGAGUAAAACUUAGCUGAAUACCACCCAGUGCAUUUGUGAACCACCUUGAAGAUCCAUUCAGCCAAAACAUAGGGUAGGAAUCCUCAAAUACAUGAAUACGCCACAGCUUUGUUUGUUUGUUUUGUUUUAAACACAGGUCAGCAACUACGCUUCCGCACUCCACCCGGCCGUCCAAGCUAAAUUCAAAGAGAUUGCGGAAGAGAUGCUGUUGAAAUUAAAGUCAGAGAGGUACAAUGGCUGUUAUUUUGACAGGAGAGAAGACAAGAAGGUCUGUCUUUGCACACCAGAAGGCUGGUUCUCUUGUCAAGUAAGUUUCAAACUAGUUUCUGGUGCUGCAAAACUGUGUGUCCGUACCCGGUUGCCUUAAAAAAAAAGAAAAAAAAAAGAGUUCCAACAGAUACAGGGCAGGGAUGGGGAACACUUUCCAGGCAGAGGGCCACACUCCCUCCUAAGUUACCUUCGGGGGCCCGUAUACUAGUAGGCCAGACUUCCCCCUUCCCCCUCCAUCCAGGCAAGCAAGAGGCCUUAUCACAGUUCAAGGACACAGUUCAGCCAGACAAAAACACCCAAGGAAGGUGCAGAGCAGGACUCGAGGGGUGUUGCCUAGGCAGAAAUCAGGGGGCCAGAUGGAGAGGCUUGGAGGGCCGCAUGUUCUCCACUCCAAUAUAGAGUUCCAAACCAACCAAGAAAAACACUGGCCACCUUGAUAAAUUAACAGGAAGGAUUCGAGGCCUACGAGACCACAGAUUCACUGAAGACUGGAGUAAAUUUGUAGACUAUUUGAAAAGUAUAUGCGAUGAACAAAUAACGUUUGUAGGUUUGCAAGAGGCUCUGUGAAAAAAAAAUAUUAGAAAUAUUGUAAAAAAGGAAUAAGAGGGAGGAGGCUUUUAAUAAAAGGCAAUAUUAAAUUAAGAAAUGUGGAAGAAGGAUUAAAACGGAGGAUUUGCAGAAGAGCUGAGGGAAGUCCAAAAAAAUGUAUUUGUGAAAAACUUUGUUAUGCGUUUUUAUAUUUUUGUAUUGUAAAAUGAAUAAAAAUAUAUAUUUUUUUAAAAAAGAAAAACACUGGCCACCAACAGCCAGGGGUUCUGACCUCUGGGCCAGCUGCCUAGACUUCAAGCCAUACCCCUUAAGGACCCCUUUUCACAGGUUCUGGUGGGCUUCAGACCCCCAUGUCUGGGGGAAAUGAGGUCCUAGUUCUUUGGAGUCCAAGGCAGGGACAGGCAAGGUUCGUGUUUCAGAAGCAGCAACUGAAACAGUUCAGAAGAGUGGGAAGGGAAUCCAUGGCGGGCAAGAGGUGAACCUCCGACGGCAGCAGCGUGAGUAGGACAGAGAUGGAGAGGGAGCAGGCGCUAUCCUUGGCAAGAUUCUCUCUUCAGCCUCUGAUUGAAACCUGGCCUCCGAGCUUCCCUUUGUAGGGCUGGGCAGAGCUGGAUAGGCCCUUGCAGUGUCCCAACUGGCUUAGUUCUCAGUUGCAUUCCUUAGAGCAAAGGUUUAAAACUUUUUGAGUCCAUGUCUCCCUUGACCACCGACAUUCUUUCUGCGGCAACCCUGUGGGGGCUCAGAAGCCCAGUUAUGUCUCCCCUUGCCUGCAGAGCUGGCAGCCUCUCACCCUUUUUCAAACACCCUCCCUUGUGGAACAUCCCCUCGGCCUCCUUUCCUCUCCCCUCUUCUUGGGAGUCCUCCGGGCAGCUGCUGCCACUGUGCCUGGUCUCCUAGCUGUCCCCUCAAAGAGAGGUACCUCCUCACACUGCCCUGGGACUUGUCUGUCCAUUCCCAACAGCAAGGGCUGGCGGAUUGGCUGGGUGGGCUCCCUCACCUGUUUGCUUGCUUGCUCCAAGGCCCCAGAGCUUGUAGGCCCCAGAGCAAGGCUCACCUGUGGAGCUUGUAGCCAGGACUGCAACAAGCAGCUGUGCAAGCCUUUGAGAGGCAAAGAUGUGAGAGGGAAUCAGGAGGGAGGGAAGAGGGUCAGAAGCCAGUGUUACCUGUGGCAACCCUGAGCAUCAUUCAAGGCACCCCAGGGUGCCACAGCACAGUGAUUGAAAACCACUGCCUUAGGGUUUAGGACUCGGGAGACCAGGGUUCAGAUUCCUCCACUCGGCCUCAAAGCUUGCUGAGAGUUGAUGCCUCUCAGCCUAACCUGCUUCACAAGGGCACAGGAGGGAGCUGUGAUCCUCAUUCCAUGACACCCUGUCCCCUUGCAGAGAUUUAUUUAAGCUUGUUUAUUUUUAUGUAAAUUGAUGUAUUCCCUUUUCCCCAUGAACUCUCAGCUUCGGUUUUUAUUUGGUUUGAUGUUUUUAUUAUGUUUUUAGAUAUGCUGUAAGCUGCCCAGAGUGGCUAGGGAAACCCAGCCAGAUGGGCAGGGUAUAAAUAACAACAUUACUGUAUUAUUAUUUCAUGCUGUUGUCUUUCCGCAGGGCCCUUUUGAUGCAGAAAACUGCCCUAGCCAACACUCCAUCAAUCCGUAUGGGAACAAAGAGAGCAGAGUCCUCUUUAGCACCUGGAACCUCGACCAUGUGUAGGUACAAGUGCAAUAUCUGAACGGGCAUUUCCUGCCAUUUUGGAAAGACAAAAGGCACCGGAAGGCAGACUGAUUUCUUCCAAUUUUGGGGUUGGACAACCUAUUCCAGCUCAGGGGCUGUGUUGCUAAGCAGGCAGCCUUCUGGGGGCCACAUUACAAUGCUGGGUGGGGCAAUAGAUGUUACUUUAAAACGAACUUGAAAAGCAACAGCCCUGAGCCCUGAGAUUCAGGACUCAGAAUUCUGCUAUUUCCCCUGGGUUUGCACCGAACGUGCACUGCCUUGGGUCCCCAGGAAACAUUUGCUUGUUUCCAAAUUCUGAAAAAGGCUCUAAACAUUAACAUCCACAGGGCUUGCUUUCUGUUUCAGAAUUGAGAAGAAGCGGAUGGUCCUCCCGACGUUAGCAGAAGCUGUAAAGGGCCGAGACGGCAGGGAAGUGAACUGGGAAUACUUCUACCAGCUGCUGUUUACCGUCCAUAAUCUGAAACUGGUGCACAUUGCCUGCCACAAGAAAGCCUACCAUAACCUCAGCUGUGACAAGAGCAAGAUCUACCGAAAACGGAAAGGGGUCCACAAGAUCCGGAAGUGACCCCCCCCCCCCAUUUGCCAAGGGAGUGACUUCUAAGUUGUGGGCUGAUGUACCUUUUUCCUGAGCACCUGGGUUGGUGGUCUGGCCGAUGAGCCUUUAUUUUGUGGAGUCCCAAUGCCUUCUGGCCCUUGACCUCAGUUGCACGUGGCUGUCUCCAUCAGGAGGAAGGGCACACGUUUUUGAACUCCCGAAUGCUGGCAACUCCAUUUAUUUCCCUGAUGUGGGUGCCUAUUGGCCAGGGCCCAUGCAGUCACCCAAGUCAAACAAUGGAUUCUUCUCCACAUCCUAUGGGGAUUUUGCAAUGUUUAAAUGGAAGGCUCAUUGUUUACCUAUAUGAGUACUCGUGUGGCGGAAGUUCCACCAUGCAAAGCAUGGAGAAGCCCUAAAUCAAGUAGUAGAAACAGAAAAUGGCUUCACUGCCUUAUGUUUUCUGUGCCAUUUUCAGCCUGGCUUAUCCUGCAGUACUGCAGAACGGAACAUGAAAAAUAAGAAACCAAUCACAUAUGCUGGUAUCCUUCAUUUCAAGCCCAGAGCCUGUAAAGCCCUGAUUUUAUUUCUGUAGCAUAUCUAGCUCUCCUGUCUAGUAGAGUCCUAAGCAGGUCUGUUCAGAAACAAGUCCUAUACAUUUAGGACAACUGUAUGCUCCCCCCAUACCAACUCCCCCUUCUCACCAAGCCCUGUUACCUCUUCAGCUUCCAACACCUUCUCCUCCCAGUCUUCUCCCUCAUUGUUUUCCCACCAAUCCCCUGUCUCUGAGCCUUCUUCCCUUUGGGGAUUCCCCAGCUGGUUCUUCCUACCAUUCCUCUGCAUCCAACAAAUCCAUGACAGCAGGACCCAAGGAGUGUAUCACAUGCAAAAUGUUGGUUGCUAGCCAUGGAAAUAGAAAGGAGGACAGGGAUUAAUGCAGUGAGCACUGUGAUGUCACACAGAAAACUAUGGUUCUCUAAGCAGUGUGGGAUAAUGCUUAGAGCGACCGGGGUCAAAAUCCCCACUUGGCCCCACUGGCUGACCUUGGGCCAGUCGCUGCCUCUCAGGCUAACCUACCUCACAAAGCUGUUGUGGAGGUUAAAUAAGGAGGGGGGGGGGGAAACCAUGUACACCACCUCAAGCUCUUUGGAGAAGAAUGUGGGCUAUAAACAAAGUAAAUAAAAUACCUCCCAAUUACUUUCGGGGGGGGGGGGCGUGUAGGAAACAGAGGUGGUUUCCUUUCAAUUUGACUCUAAAUCAGGGGAGGAUACCCUAAAGCCCUCCAAAUGUUGAGACUCCAGCUCCCAAUUUAGCUUGUUUGUACAACCAAUUGUUAAGUAUGCUUUGAGUCCAGGAACAUCUGGACGGAUGCAGGUUAGUCCAACUUACUAUAAAGAGCUAGACAGAUUAGUGGAGGAAAGGAUUAUCAGCUGUAAUUAGCUAAGGCGACUAAGAGGAGCUAAACUGUGAGAAUGCCUGGUUUCCAGAUGCCCAUUUGGAGGCACCUAACUUGCUGCUGUAAGACGUUUGAAUAGAGCAGCCUUUCCCAGCCUGUUGCCCUCUAACUGUUGGACUACAACUCCCAUCAUCCCUGAUCCCUUGCUGGGUGGUUACUGGGAAUUUAUAGAGCUCACAACAUCUGGAAGGCUGGAUUAGAUGACACAUCUAUUAUCCACCAGGGCUCUUCUACUAUUUCUCAAAAUCCUCUGCAACAGUCUAGGCUUCUGUGGCAGAUCAACUGGGGUAGAAGCUUCCUUGAGGUAGAAAAUUUGGUAACACCCCCCUCGCUGCCCCGCUUAGCCCUGUGGCUCCUCAAUUUCUGCACCGCUCCUCCAUGCUGUGUUUUCCUCCUGUGCAAUAAAAAUUAAAUAAAAUCCUGCCAACACAAAUAACACUGUCAUUCGGGAACUAUCCGACAGUCUUCCGUUCAUUAGGAGCAACAAAAUCCAGAGAGCAGAUUUCUCUUCUCUGGCAUCAGCCGCUUUGCAACAUGAACUAACACAACUUAAGGGCUCUAUAAAUCGUUUUUAAUUAGUUCUCUACUAAGCUUCUGCCGUUCCAGGCCGCUGCCUCGCAACCUGGGUGAUCAGCAGUGCAAGAAAUACUGUAGGCAAAGUGGAUCGUUACCUCUUUGGAAAAGGAGGCUGGAGGGGAUAGUCAUUCAUACUGGGGCUAGCAUCUCUCACUGUGCCCGAGAGAUCCUGCAAACCCUCCUCCCAAGCUUGCUGGUGCGACCCCUGAGGUCUAAGCGCCUGCAGGGAGUUGCCAAGUGACCCCACAACUCCUACCUUCCAAGCUUGCAUUCUCACAGGAAUCAAGAUACUGACUUGUUUCCCACACACAUGCUGCUUCUGGGAACUGUUUGCUCUUCUCCCCUUCUGGGAGUCAGGAGUUGUUCGUAACAAGUGCUGUCAAACUUUCUGCUGACUUUCUGCCUUUGCCUCACACGCAGUCUGUGACAUUGCCUCCAACAUCUGAACUGGGAGGGUUAACUUUUUCAAAAAAGAAGAUGCACUUCUCUAGAAGAUGCAACAACGGUGGUGAGAUGCACAUUUGCGUCAGGGAAAAAGAAAUGGCAGCUACUGAAGGUGACCGGGUCAGUGCUCGGUGCUCAAGCGACUUCUUCCUUUUCAUCGUCAUCAUCGUCCUUGGCUAUGAAGUGUCCCUUUCUCAGCUCUCUCCUGCUGGCAGACACCCGGGAGAGAGGAUGGGCUGGGAGGUCCUAGGAAAGGAACAAGCCAAGAGCAGACUUAAUGCAUGGGCCAAGGUUGCUUCAGACAGACCACUCGGGGCCCUGUGUGACUCCAGCUCCCAUCAGCCUCAGCCAGCAUGGGAUCAUGGGAACUGUAGUCCAAUAGCAUCAGGAAGGUACCAUGUUAUUCCUAGAAUGCAUGAACAUCCAGGACAACCGAUUAGACGUAAAGUUUCUGGAAAUUGUGAAGCUGUGGAAAAGAACUGUUCCCCCUCCAUUCUCCCCCUCCCUGGGAAAUUUGGGGGAGGGGAGGGAAUUGAAAAAAAAUAUGCAUUUUUUUAGCACCCUUAAUGGAUCAAAAGUCACUUUGUUACUUUAGGAACAUAAAAUGUCUUAAAAUAUAUAAAUUGGUUUGCCAUUAAAUUAUCAUGUUUGAUAUACU